AUGGGGCGCCACCUCUGCGCCGCUAACUCUGUGCUGAUGGUUGAGAUGAGGCGGAGCGCCGCGGCGAAGUGCCCGGCGGCGGGGGACGAGGAGGAGAAGGGCGCGCUGGCGCCCGUUGGGUGCACGGAGGCGGAUACCGCGAAGCCGUUGGUGGUGGCGGCGGCAGCCGGCGCCGUUGCGGGUCCACUUCCCAACACGGCUGCCCUGCAGGCGCUGACGGGCGCCAUGGACAAGCUAGAGGCCCUCUUCAGUAAGGCCGGAUCACUACUUUGUUAUCAGCCAGGAGUGCUUGCUGUUUUCUUGGUUCCUAAAAGGGUGCUUCCUGUGUAUCAGCAAGCUGGAGUGAUACGUAAGAGGAGUGGCUAUUGGAUUGAAUUGGAUUAUUUUUCUAAAGAAAAUAUCAUGCUCUUGAUAUUAGUGCACUUGUUAGCUCAUGUCGAUGCUGGAAAUGAGACGAAAUGCAAAGUCAAGGGCAUGAAGCAAUCCGCAGAGGAGAACCCGCUGAUCCGGUGGCGGAAGGGCAAUCUUAUAGAGAGUGGCGCGUUCGGCAAGCUCCUUGCUGUCAACCAGGUCGGUAUGCAUGCUUCCAUCUCGAAGGUAGGACCUUUGAACGGAGAGAACUUUUUGAGCGAUGUGAUUGAUCUCGGAUUGUUUUCUUGGUGGCUGUUUAUGAUUGGAAGCAGCAAUGCGACAAGACAGAAGGCCAGGGAACUCCAGCUGAUCUUUCAUUUUUUGCUCGCAGCAAUAUUUGUUGAGUAUGAAAGCAAGGACUAUGUUGAUGGGCCCAGCAAAGGGUUCUCGAGCUAUUAA